AUGAAACUCAAGGGACGAGAAUGUAACAGUACAAGUGAUCACUCAGAUUCGAUCCCUGAUGAUAUGACGUUGGAGAUUCUUGGUAGAUUGCCCGGAAAAUCCCUUAUGAAGUUCCAAUACUUAUCUAAAUUUUGGUUUUCGAUAAUCCGAAGUCAAAGAUUCAUCGAUUCCUUCUUCUCUAGGUCGUUGAACCGCGGUCCACGCCUACUAAUCACUUUCAAGAACGGUGAACUCAUCAGUAGGAAUACUCAGAAGCGUUUGUUCUUCUUCUCAGCUUCAAGAGAGGGGGAGCAAAAGUCUUCUUCAACUUUGGUAGCUAAUCUCGACAUGACAAUAGCUUCCACGGUUAAUUAUUGCUACACACGAGGUACUUUGGUUCAUGGCUUUCUAUGUUGCUCACAUCAAGGUCGGUUCUUGAUAUGUAACCCUACCACGAGACAAAUUGUAACAUUACCAGAACCUGGAGAUAAUAAUAAGUUAACUUUUAAAUACUUGGGAUACGAGCCGGUGGAUGAUCAAUACAAAGCAUUGUGCAUGAUGUUUUCUCGGGGCGAUUUUGGUGAUGUAGAGCACAAGGUUUUAACACUAAGAAGAGGUGAUACUAAAAACCUUUCAUGGCGGGAAAUCAAAGACAAUACCGAGCCUUAUGGUCCUUCAACGAAAGGAAUAUGCAUCGACGGAAUUGUCUAUUACGGUGCUACAAGACCAAAUAAUAGGGAUAAGGUUAUAGUUUGUUUUGAUGUUAGGUUUGAGAAGAUUAGUUUGAUCAAUCCACCUUUUAACGAGGAAAUGUGGGACCAUGGUGCAGACUUGAUGAACUACAAAGGGAAGUUAGCCUUUGUUGGCUUAGCCGACGAUUUUUAUAAUAACCAAAUGAUUAUAUUAUGGAUACUAGACAAUGUUGAAAAACAUGAAUGGUCAAAGAUAACAUGUCAGCUUCGGGGGUCUGGGUUGUGUCAUAGUAAGAUACGUUCAUAUUCCUUCACAGGCAGCAGUAAAACCGGCGAGAUCAUUCUGGCUCCACAAUUGUUGUCACGCAAACUUGAACCUUUCUACAUUCUCUAUUAUAAUGUAACAAGCCAAGGCAUCAGAAGGGUUAGGCUUGAAGGAAUUGCAGAUAAUGAAGAGUUCAGGCGUCGUUAUGGAAUUGGAAAGAAUGGUGAUUGUCGUGUUUAUAUGGCAUCAGAAUACUUUGAAGAUAUUGCCUUUCUUUAA